CUGUAAUUAUCUCCCUGUGUCUCUCUCCCUCCCCCCUCCCCCCCUCCCACUUUAUCUCACCCACUUCUCACUUGGUCGCCUCGAGCCCGCCCGUGGGAGUAAAAUAUAGAAGGAGAAGAAGAAGAAGAAGAAGAAGAAGAAGUGGAAGUGAGGGGGUGAGAGAAGAAGCGCGCUGUUUCAGAGGAGAGCGGUAUUGUUUUUCUUCUGAUCUCUGGUCGAUGGAUUUAUCACUGACGAUACAACAAUAUUUUAGCUAGAAAAACUGAGUGAAGCAUGGGUGACUGGAGCUUUCUAGGGCGGCUGCUGGAGAAUGCUCAAGAACACUCCACUGUGAUCGGAAAGGUUUGGCUCACAGUCCUUUUCAUCUUUCGCAUCUUGGUGCUGGGCGCAGCGGCCGAGGAGGUUUGGGGUGACGAGCAGUCUGAUUUUACUUGUAACACGCAGCAGCCUGGUUGCGAGAACGUCUGCUACGACGAGGCCUUCCCCAUCUCCCACAUCCGCUUCUGGGUGCUGCAGAUCAUCUUUGUGUCCACGCCCACCCUCAUAUACCUGGGCCAUGUGCUGCACAUUGUCCGCAUGGAGGAGAAGAGGAGGGAGAGGGAGGAGGAGCUGCGAAAGGCCGGGCGGCACCAGGAGGACCACGACCCUCUGUAUCAUAACGGAGUUGGCGAUGGAGGCGGAGGUGGUGGGAAGAAGGAGAAGCCGCCUAUACGUGAUGAGCAUGGGAAGAUCCGGAUCCGUGGUGCAUUAUUGAGGACCUACAUCUUCAACAUCAUCUUCAAGACUCUGUUUGAAGUGGGCUUCAUACUGGGACAGUACUUCCUCUAUGGCUUCCACCUGAGGCCGCUCUAUAAAUGUGGCCGCUGGCCCUGCCCCAACACUGUGGACUGCUUCAUCUCCAGGCCUACUGAAAAGACAAUCUUCAUCAUCUUCAUGCUGGUGGUUGCUUGUGUUUCUCUGGUCCUCAACUUGCUGGAGAUCUACCACCUGGGCUGGAAGAAAGUCAAGCAGGGGGUCACCAAUGAGUUUGUGCCUGACAACGAGUCACUGCUGCAGGGCGCAGAGGAGCAUGGAGAUGCAGAGACGAUUCCCGAGCAGAUGUCUCCUUCAGUGCUCCACUGUUUGCCAACGUACGCCAGUGUCAGCGUGGUGCAGGGUGGAGCAGCAGGAGGAGGAACCUACAGUCCAACUGAGGCCUCCUCUGCAGUGAUGUCACUGCCCCCCAGACUCAAGAUGGAUGGCACAGUUUUCCACCCAGAUGACUUCCUGUUGGAGGCCGCACCCGCUUCUUUUUAUCUCAACGGUGACAAAGUGAGUGUCGCGAGCCAUGGGCAGGUGGCGGCAGUGGAGCAGAACUGGAGCAACAUGGUGCUGGAGCUCCACAAUCCAGGUGGAAAAAAUUCCUCCUGUCCUCCUCCUCUUCCCUCCACUCCCACCUCUGCCUCCUCCUCUCCUCAGGAGGAGACAAACCCACCACUUCCUCAAGGGGAGCAACACUCCACUUUCCCUACACUUCCUCGUCACACCCCUCUUUACCCCCUCACACUGGAGGCGGCAGCAGCAGACGAGGAAAACCCAGUCGCCACAGCACCUCGUAUGGUCCCGCCUGACGACUUCAUGGUGGUUACCAGGGCGGAGAUGCAUCAGCCUCCUGCUGCUGUGGCGACAGACAUCCGGAAGCCAAGUCGGGCCAGCAAGAGCAGCGUCCGCGCUCGCCCCGAUGACCUGGCAGUGUAGCUAAAAUACACACGUACACACACACACACACACACACUCACACAUUUACACAGCCAUGCAUACAUGCUGUGUUUACACAGAAAACUGCAAAACAGCACAAAAGCGCACACAAACAAACACUCCAGCAAAAGUCAUGCAAACCGUGUUAUUGCAUGCAGCUGGAGUUGGCUGCUUAUUCUGAUCUCAUGAAGGGAUUGAAAGAGUUUGGUCAGAUUACACCGAUGGCACCAUGCUGAUGUCCUCUCUGCAUGUUAGCAACCUGUAACACAUCAGCACACAGCGGAUAUGCAGAAAUCUUCACAUAUCUGGAGUCAAAUACAGUGGAGAAAUGGAUCCAGUUCUCUGUCAUUUAUCAACAUUUAAAAUGUUAACGCUCUUUAUUAAUAAAAUAUCAAAUAUAGUUGGUACAAAUGGCAGGAGCAACAGUUAAAACACCACAGUAAAAAAACAAAUUCAGUCAUAAGGAAAAUACUGUCAGAUGUUUUUCAAUUGAGUGUGGAGGACACGUAACAAAGUACAUGAUAUUUCAUUUCAAACCGAGGGGCAUCUUUAUUAAUAAUAUGGGCGUAUGUUUCAGCUCUGGAACUUUCUCCCUUCCUCUUGUCUUUAUGCUAAACUGUGCUAGUGGAUCUGACUCACAGUUCACCUACAGAGACAAGAGUGAUGCUGACUUUCUUAUCUCACUCACAGCAAAAAUGUGAUUUGCCAGACUUCCAAAAAAAAUGAUUUUACCUGUUUGUUAUCUGUUUAAUGACUCGCUGACUGACCAACAUGGCUGCCACUUGGUGUUCUGACCAUCCUCUUUAGACGGGGGAGGUAAAGUGGAGGUCCCUGAAAUGAGGAUCACAUACUUACACACACACCUACAGUACAUAUACUAUUUAUCCAGCACAGACACAAGUAAGGAAGGUUAUAGUGAUGAUGAUGAUGAUGGUGAUGAUGGUGAUGAUUGGACUAACUAAUAAGUUUGGGAGCGUAGAGGCAGCGAUACUAUAUUCUUUUAUUUUCUUUUAAUUCUUUGCUGGGAGACAUCAGAGGAGAGGUUUGCACUUUUGUUUUAUUUAUUUUUAUUUUUCUCGUGACGUGUUGGUGGAGCUGAACAAGUCCGUGUGUCGUGUUGUCCGUCGGCGUGUGCUGCUCUCAGCCUGUAGUUUCCAUGAAGAGAGGGAUGCACUGAUGUCAGGACAGAGCAGAUGACUGGAGGAGAGCAGCAAGGCAGUCCCACCCUGAGACAUGGUCCUUAGGGUUCACAGGCUGUGUGUGUGUGUGUGUGUGUGUGUGUUUAGGUACCUUAAUCUUGUUUCAGUGUUGACAAAAUGACAUCUCUGCAGUUACAUCAGGGUAAACUAUAUAAAGUAUAUAAAUAUGUAAAUAUAUGAUGACUAAUAGCAUUGAUAGGCACCACAGGGUGUUGAACAGAAAACAAGUUUCUGGUCAAGCUGCAAUUGAUAGAGACUUUUACCUGGAAAAAUCCAAAAGGCUUCAGCCCCACAGGUCACUUUAUGUAAAAAUCCAAAGUGAGGAGAGGUGAGGCGGGUUUAAAACAUGACGUAUGAGCAAAGGCUCAGACGUACAUUUCAGUGAGUUCUUUAAUGAGCAGUUUUAGCAGCUUGAACAGAGCAUGAAGCAGAACACCUUCUUCCUGACGCUUGUGUUUGCGGUGUGUUACGGAGCUGUCGAGUUCCCCCUAGCUCUUCUGUAUAGGAGGACUCUUAAGUUAAUUUUCUUGACUAGCUGUAGAUUAUACAGUAGCUUUUAGAUUUUUUUUUUUUUGAAAAAAGAAAGCAAUAUCUGAAAAUCUAAAAAAGUGAAAACUGUUUUUUUCUUGUCAUUUCUUAACAGACAUCCGACACAGGGAUGUUCGUUGUUCCUGUUCUUAUUAAUUCCUGCCAAAGAAAGAAAGAAAGAAAAUGGCUAAUUUAAGUACAGUUUUGUUGCCUCACAGCAACUUCCCAACAGCUUUAAUUCAUGUGAAUCGUAUUUAAUCCAACAGUCAGGAAUAAAAACAAAUGUAUCCUAGUAGCAAGUCAGCAAAGGUUUUUAAGGUUUGUACACCUUUGUGUUUCUCUCUGAGCAGAUAAUUAUUUGAUUCUACUUAAGAUACUUGAAAAAUACUAGAAAAGGUGCUACAUUACGUCACAUGUGCCUGAAUUAGCAUUUGAACUUCAAAUAACCAAAAGGUGGUAAAGAAAAAACUGAUUCAAAAUAUUUACAUUUUGCUGUAAACAAAAUUUUGUUUUCUAGUUUGAUAAAAUAAUCCUGACUGAAGGUCCACUGCUUCACUUUUUCUGGAGCUUUCAACCACAUCUUACACUUUGUUUUAGUUUUGUUCAGAUCUGCUAAAAUGUUUUACUAUCAGGUGAAUAAGCCACCAUUGUGUCCUGGGUUCAUUCUCUUAAAAAGAAGAAAAGUGCUGCUGUUUGCCUCGACUGGUCCCAUACUUUACAGAUAAUUUAAUACACUGCAAUUGCUGCUCCGCUGCAUUCACGGCAACUUGGAACUUUUGUUUGUGAGCUCGGUGAUAAAUUGAAACUGCUGGGUUUAGCAGCCAGAGUAAAUUAAGGUUACUCUGAAUUAAGAUUAGCAUUCGGCUAACUUCUGAAUUGCUAAUAUUAAAUGCAUGUUUAAUUCACAUCGCCUAUGUUGUUAAUUAUUGCACAUUAUCAAAUCUGCGGUCUUCAGCGUUUUUAAAUAUGAAAUUGUUGAAGGAAUAAUAACACAUGAUACACAUGUGAGCAGAGCCAGGCUAGUUGUCUCCCUCCUGCUUCAAACCAGCAGGUCUUCGGCUGUAGCUUCGCAUUUAACGGACAGACAUAAAAGUGAUAUUAAUCUUCUCAGCUAACUCUCAGCAAGGAAGCAAAUAAGCCUGCUUCCCUUCACAUAUCCACAAAAGAUUCUCUUCAUGCAGUAUAGAAAGGUGUGUGUGUGUGUGUGCUGGAAGCAAUGCAGCCAAUCUGUAUUUUUUUUUAAUCACUACAAACUUUGUUCCACCAGUGCUUUCGUGUCACUGUGCGUGAUGCUACGCUGUGAUUCAGGCUUCAUUUACGCCACAGUGUCUGAGCUUGGCUUGUGUCAGGUGCUUUUUCAAGAGCUGCGUCUCUGCAACGUGUCACGAACGCAACUGCUUAACUUCUAUAAACCAGAUGAGGUACCCAAUAUGAGGUAAGAUGCAGUAACAGGCACUUAAAUUUUGACACAUCAGCUACUUUUUAGUUUAGAGCAACAGAUUUUAUUAAGACAGGAUGAUCCUUAGACUGAAUCUGUGCUGUUGGCUGACUCUGUCGAAUGUUUACAUGUCCAAGAUCAAACUUAGGUGCUCUUAAGCAACUUCACCAGCACUUGAUCUGUUUUUAAAGAAGAAGUUAUCAGCUGUGAUGUGUAAGACUUAACCAAAGAUACUUGUGCCAAAGAUAUCACGAUACAUGAUGGGUUUUUAAAGAACAUUGCUAACCCUAACAGUCGUGACUCCAACCCCAACAUCGGUUUUACAACUAAUGAAUCUGGGAACCAAAAACAGACAUGACGUUGAGCUUUGUCUCCUUUGAAAGACUGUCGAAACAAGGUUCAUUUUAUUUCUAUUGCUGAACUGUUUUUCACAACAACCUUGUUGUUCCAAGCUGUUCUUAGUACCGUUUCGAUAUGUAGGGAAAGAUUUGCACACAGUUGGAUAGUUAGAGACAACUGUAAUGAGGAUAUGAAGAUACUAUAAAUAGAAAAGAAAAAAGGGUGUCCUUGGAGUAGCAUUAACAUAUUUUUGUUUAUUUAUGGAAAUAAUUCUAUCAAAUUAGACUCGGAAUGGACAAGAAAUGAAUCUAAAGUGCUUUUUUUCUCUCCUCAAUAUGGAUUGAGAAACUUUUUGGCGACUCCAGCUUUUUUACACCAUGGAUGUGCCUUGAGACAUUAGUGCCACAGAGGCUGAGUGAUGGGACUUCAUGGCGGCCCCCCACCAGCAGGGACACAGACUCCCAUGUGUUAAAAAUGAAGAACAACCCCUGCUUUUACUCCCGUUGUAAAAUGACUGUCUUUGAAGCAAAGUGCCUUGCGUCUGAACCUUUUGUUAAAGAACAUGUUGAUGUAAAUGUUCAUUUACCUCAGAUGUUUAAGGAACUGUUACUUAAUAAACUUUUUGUACCAAACCUGUUUUCUGUCAUUGUUAACAUUUUC